UCUGUCAAACCCUAACAAAACCCUAGAUCCAACCUAUUCCCAUCCCAAGCACACCGCCAUGCUCGAACGCCUCUCCAACCGCAAGCAACCCUUCCUCUCUCGCAACCCCGAUUCCCACCCGUUCGAGUCCACCAACUCUUUCCUCUCUCGUUUCUCUCAAUCCAAACACUCCAUCGACUCCGAUCUCACUCGCUGCCGCCAAUCCACCGACCCCGAUUCCAAAUCGACUCUCAAAUCCGACCUCGAGGCGGUCUCGAUCUCGAUCUCCGACCUCGAAAAGCUCGUCGCCGAGAACUCCUACUUCUUACCCUCCUACGAAGUCCGAACCUGCCUCCAAACCAUCUCUUCCCUCAAACAAUCCCUCGAAAACGUCACUUCCGAGGUCUUCCCCAAGAAAAAGUUCGCUUUCAAGAGCAAGAAGGCUUCGAGUGGCGUUCUAGACAAAACCGAAAUUGAAAAUCAUGACGUUGAUUUGGAAAAACCGAGCUUUAUUGUUCCGGACUUGCCGGGGUUUAGGAAUAUGGAAAAUGAGGUUUUAGUGAAGGAGUUUAAGGGGUCGGAGAUGGGUGAAUUUUCGAUCUCGGAUUUGAAUUCCUGUGAGGUGCGGUUGACGGGUUGUUUGAGGGCGAUUUUCAUUCAUAGAUUGAAAAAUUGUAAAGUGUAUACAGGGCCGGUGUUUGGUUCGGUUCUGAUUGAAGAAGUUGAAGGGUGUGUGUUUGUGUUGGCAUCGCAUCAGAUUAGGGUUCAUCAUGCUAGGGCAAGUGAUUUUUAUCUCAGGGUGCGGAGUCGGCCAAUAAUUGAGGACUGCAGUGGCGUGAGGUUUGCGCCGUAUUGUCUGAGCUAUGAUGGGAUUGAGAGAGAUCUGAAAGAGUCGAAUCUUGAUGAAGAAACGGGGAAUUGGGCAAAUGUGGAUGAUUUCAAAUGGUUGAAAGCUGUUCAGUCUCCAAAUUGGGAAAUUUUGCCGGAAAGUGAAAGUGUUGGCGGAGUUACUAUAUUGAAUUCAGACAAGUGAACUCUCUUCGACAUGUAUCAUUCUUGAAACGCAAAUUUAAGCUGUCGUGAAACAGGGAAUGCAUAUUUGUUUUGGUAUUGCAGGAAUUUGGCUGGUUCACCUCACUUGUACAUUAGGCCUGUAAUAAACAUGUCGUCCUGAAAAUUUGAUUAUGAGUUUAAUGUCAAUUGUUAAGUUGCAUAGUUUCUUCUUUCUUUGAGAUUUUUGUUGUAGCCACUUGUGGUUUGUAUUCCUCCUCUUCUGAUUGGGUUUCUCUUUUUUAAUCUUGUGGUUUACCCACUUGGGGUUAAGAGUUGUGGCAAUUGUAGUUGCAAAUGUGAAGCUAAUGUAAACUUCUAGAAAUUGUUCUAGAAUUAGUGGAAGAAGAUCUAUGGUCUUUUGGUUGAACUCCAUCAGUUAAUGUUUGAGUUAUAAUUGGUAAUUCCCUAA